AUGCACAGGAUGAUCUUACGGGUUUGUUCCGUACUAGUCUUCAGCACGACAUUGGCCACCGCGAUUGGCUCAAACAGAAUUGACAACCAUUUUCAUGCCCUUCCGCCAGCAUACAUUGCGGCCUUGAACGCUGCUGGUGGCGAUCCUUCUGGCUAUCCAACCCCGGAGUGGACGGUGGACGCGGCCAUCAAGUCUAUGAACGACGUCGGAUCAUCCGUGGGUAUUCUUUCUAUUUCAAGUCCCGGUGUACCUGUUCUGGGGACUGGUCCGGAAGCGAGGGGGCUGGCUCGGACUCUUAAUGAAUACUUAGGCAACAUCACAGCACAUGGCAAAGUGAAAGACCGCCUAGGCUUCUUCGGCGUUCUGCCGGAUUGGCAAGACGUGAAUGGAACACUCGCCGAAUUAGAAUACCUCUAUACAGAGCAACGACUUUGUAACGGUGUUACUGUCUUUACUACAUAUGGCGACAAGCUUCUCGGCGAUCCUCUUUUUGCUCCCAUUUGGGCUGCUCUACAGCAGUUCCAUGCCCUAGUCUUUAUACACCCAGCAGUCCUUCCCGUGAAUCCACCGUUCAUUGCGUCCAGCCUUGCACAACCUAUUAUCGACUACCCUCUGGCUACAACUCGUACCGCCGUCGACCUUGUCAUGACAGGCACUUUCCGGCGCUGCCCAGACGUCGACAUCAUUCUUUCUCAUGCCGGGGGGGCGGUACCUUUUGUCGGAACCCGUGCAAUCAGCAGCCUCGCUAUACCUACAAUCGCCAAUGAGGUAGAGUACAGUGCUAUCCAUGCAAAGGAGGACUUUUCUCGCUUUUAUUAUGACAUUGCUGUGAGCACCAGUGCAGCUCAGCUGGAUGGAUUGUUGGACUUUGCCGAAUCCUCGCAUAUCCUCUUUGGAUCCGAUUUUCCGUAUGUACCACAACUCGGCAUCAGUGCUUUGGUGGCCGAGUAUGCUGCUUUUGUAGCAUCGAAUCCCCGCGGGUCUGAUGUUGGCCCGGACAAACUGCGUGCGAACUCGCUUGAGCUUCUCAACAAACACGCGCAGAAGAAGUCAUUUUAA